ACUGACAAUAAUUAUAAAACCGAUAAGUAUAGUUUCACGAAAGAAUUGUAAUUAGUGUUAAUUUAAUAUUAAUGAUUUUUAAUAAUGUAUCGUAUCCCUUGAGAAUCAAUACACCCUGUACGUCCCAAGUGCAGAAUAUAACACUGCUGAUAUGGUAUGUACCGCUCAUCGUUCGGCGCCUCUCACGAUAGUGCUAUUAUUGCGUCUACUCGCUGGCAAAUUAUCUCGGUGAUAUUGCGAGGGUGAUUAAAGCUUAUAUUAUGCUAGCUUGAAUUUCCGAGUUCACGAGUGUCUCGAAUAUAUCCAUGGAGGGUAAGCUAACGUUGGACAAAGUAAUCGCCUUUCUGAGAAUAUACUUGACGUUCGCUUGCUGUUGGCCAUUGCCGCCGAGCGCCACGAAGCUCCAAAGACUUCUUCGUAGUGCUCUUCAAUAUUUCUGUCUCACGAACGCAAUAGCAAUUGCUAUUGCGGCAAUAUGGACACUCUAUAGACAUAGCAACGACGUUCUUCUAGUGAUGAAGUUAGGAUGCCAAUUAAGCGCCAUCGUACAAAUACCAUUACAAAUGAUACUCUUUGCAAUGCAGAACAAACGUUUGCAGUUCGUCAUUUUGGAAAUGGAGAAUUAUUACCGGCAAGCACAGGAAUAUGAAAAAGAAAUUUUCCAACAAUACAUUGAUAAAUGCAAACCAUUUUAUGGUAGCAUUCUUUGCUGGCUGGCAAUGACGGGCAUUAGCGUUAUAGUAACACCUUUAUUUUCAUCACAAUCGUUUCCAUGUGAAGCGGAAUAUCCGUUUGACGUGCAAUACCAACCAAUAAAAACUAUUAUUUAUAUGCAUCAUAUAUUAGCCGCUUAUCAAAGUGUGUUACAAGUUAGUACCAAUACUUUCCCUGCUCUUCUACUUUGGUUCGUAGCCGCCAGAUUCGACAUUUUGUCCGUUCAAUUUCGCACAGUGACAAAUAUGAAAGAGCUAAUAAAAUAUACACGCGAACACAGUCUAUUACUCAGGUAUGCGAAAGAAGUGACGCGCGCUAUUCGUUACGUAGCACUGUUAUGCGUGACUUUUAGUACUGGCGCUGUAAUAUUUGGUUAUCUUACUUUUAUGAGUCAUCAACCAUGGUCAGUGAAAUGGACGUUUCUUAUGAUAGCUUUCUGUGGCUUUGUGGAACUUUAUAUGUAUGCUUGGCCAGCUGACAAUGUAAUGAGUAUGAGUAGCAAUAUAGCUUCCGCCAUGUACGAAUCAUUGUGGUACGAUGGCGAUCUAACCAGACGAAAGAUUUUAAUGUAUGUCAUAUUAAGAAGUCAACAUCCAGUCACCGUUUCAAUUCCAUGUGCAUUACCAAACUUGUCUAUGACCUAUUAUGCAUCGUACAUUUCGACAGUUUUUUCAUAUAUGGCAUUUGUGCGUAUCAUUAUGGAUCAAGAAUAGAAAGAAAAUAAAAAUUAGGAUAAAAAUGUACAAAUUAUAUUUUUAUUAUGAAGUGUCUAUUAUGUAGAGCUGCAAUACUGUAAUAAAAAUUUGCAUUUGUAAGUAAGAAUAG